UUGCCUGGUGAAAAUUUAAGCUUGAUCGCUUCGUGAAGUAACAGACAUGCACUAAUUAUUGACAGAUUAGCUUGUUUACAAAUUACAUUAAUUGUUCUGCCUUCUCCCAUUGUUAUUGAUGAUUAUUAAUUAUUAUUAAUAUUUUCAGCUCUAAUCAAUAGAAUAAUGAAGACACUGCUGGUGGUCCUUGUUCUUGUUCUGACGUUGAACUACGGAUCUGCACUGAAGUGCAACCACUGCGUUCCUCAGGGUGGAACACGCUGCACAUCAACUCAAGAGACCUGUGGCUUUGGAAAAGAUGCUUGUAUCGCGGCCAGAUUCAACUUCCCUCCCUUCAUGGGCUUUCGGAGAUGCAGCAGUAUGACAGAGUGUCUUAUUCUCCAGAGUAACACCGCCAUGAAAGUUAAAUGCUGCCAUUCGGACCUCUGCAAUAACAUGGUCAUCAUUUAGACCAACGUCUGUCAACGCUAAUAAACCUUUCAAGGUUUACAAUAUUACAGAUGUUCACUACAGUCUUACUUAAAGAUUUUGCCCAACAAUAAAUAUUAUGAUACAUAAUAUGGGUUACUGAUGUUUGUGAUUCAUUUUAGCAUUUGCAACAG